AUGACACACAUCACACUGGGACAAGCCAUCUGGGCCUCUGUCAGACCAAUCAUCAAAAUCUAUCUGAUUAUUGGUGUAGGCUUCGGUUUGUGCAAGAUGAACAUCUUAACCGUUCAGGCCACAAGGUCUAUCUCUGAUAUCGUUUUAACAGUUCUGCUUCCUUGUUUAUCAUUCAAUAAAAUCGUAGCAAAUAUAGAAGAUAACGAUAUCAAGGAUGUCGGGAUUAUUUGUCUGACGUCUGUUAUACUGUUUGCAACUGGCUUGGGGUUCGCCUUUAUAGUUCGCAGUGUACUGCCAGUUCCUAAGAGAUGGCGUGGUGGUAUACUUGCAGGAGGCAUGUUCCCCAAUAUCAGCGACUUGCCCAUUGCUUAUUUGCAAUCCAUGGACCAAGGGUUUAUCUUUACAGAAGAGGAGGGAGAGAAAGGUGUUGCCAAUGUUAUCAUCUUUCUGGCUAUGUUUCUGAUAUGCGUUUUCAAUCUAGGUGGUUUCAGACUAAUUGAGAACGAUUUCCAUUACAAGGGUGACGACGAUGAGGAGAAUACUUUGAUCGAUCCAGAUACUGCCCAACAGCCAACGCAACCCAUUGAAGGCAAUUCUUCUUCUUCAUCUAACCAAGAUAUCCUAAAGGAACCCAAUGAGUCUACCGUUCCUAAUAGUUCCCAAGCAAGUUACAUUUCUGAGAAAAAUAAGAAAGAAAAAACUGAACUUCCCGUUCCCAAACCUACACACGCAGCCGCUCCAGCAAUAGAUGACAGAAGCUCGAACUCAUCCGCGGUGGUCUCUAUCGAUAGCAUUACGCACUCGCUGCGUACGAACCAUAUGGAUGUCCAAUCUGUGAACGAGCUUAAUGACCAUACUUACAGAACCAGAAGUCAACCGAUAGCAUACACUAUUGGGUCAAGAACAGCACAUACUCGCAACAAUCGUAGGAAUUCCGUCACUGGAUCCUUACGUUCCGUCGAUAUGCGUGAACUACCUGCGGAAGGUAUGUCGGAUUUAAUUCGUGAAUACUCCAACGUUGACCAAUAUGGCAGGAGAAGAAAAAGUUCUAUUAGCUCCCAAGGAUCACUCCCUGUUUCACAGGCGGACGGUACAAUUUCUCCCAAUCUGACUAGAACUUCCACUAUACAAAGAGUUAAAACCUCUAAUCUCACAAGAAUAAUUACCUCAGAUGCCACCGUCAGUAAGAAAGAUAUCGAGACUUCGGGUUCCUCUUUACCAAAAUGGCUACAAAAAUUCCCCUUGACGAAAUUUUUUGUCUUCUUUUUAAAAAAUUGUUUAAGGCCUUGUUCCAUGGCUGUUAUUCUGGCUUUGAUUAUCGCUUUUAUACCCUGGGUAAAAGCUUUGUUCGUUACGUCUAGUCAUACGCCAAAGAUCAAACAAGCCCCAGAUAACGCACCUGCUCUAACAUUCAUUAUGGAUUUUACUUCUUAUGUUGGUGCCGCUUCAGUUCCAUUCGGUUUAAUCCUGUUAGGUGCUACCCUUGGCAGAUUGAAAAUCGGAAAAUUAUACCCUGGUUUCUGGAAAUCUGCAGUGAUUUUAGUCUUUCUUAGACAAUGUAUCAUGCCCAUCUUUGGUGUCUUGUGGUGUGACCGUCUAGUGAAGGCGGGAUGGCUGAAUUGGGAAAAUGAUAAGAUGUUGUUGUUUGUUACCGCCAUUACUUGGAACCUACCAACAAUGACCACUCUAAUUUAUUUCACUGCAAGUUUUACUCCUGAGGACGAAACUGAACCUGUUCAAAUGGAGUGUACUUCCUUCUUUUUGAUGCUUCAAUAUCCUUUAAUGGUCGUUAGUUUACCAUUUUUGGUUUCUUACUUCAUCAAGGUUCAAAUGAAAUUAUAA